AUGACUGGCCCCAAACCCCUAAUCAAGAUAGAGGGCGAUUGCUCCACUAUCCACAGCAAUACCUUCUAUGUCUAUUCGCCGGAAGGCUUUUUAUCAAUACCCCUCAAACAAAAUGGAGAAUGGGCGCCACUCCCGUCUCCACAACACAAGGUUACCGGUCCUGCCUGUAUUCAAGGUGGAACCGAAACGGACGAAACUGCAUUUUAUCUGGUCGGCGGGACCGGCUCCUCUAGCAACAGUGGCCUCCAGCGCUUUUCGUUCAGCACACAGAAAUGGGACACAUUACCCAUGGUAUCAACGGAGAUGAAAGAUCGAACUGGACACGGCGCCGGGUACAUCUCCGCAACUAAGCAAAUAUUGGUUUACGCAGGAAACACAGAUGGCAGCACACAGAUCUCCCAAUCUACACUCCUCAUUGAAACAGGAUCGAACACCUUUGAGCUCUCCUCUGGGGUCGACCAGGGCGCACCGGCAUUGUAUGACCCCAUCAUUUUGCCUUGGAGUUCUUCCGAGGUAGCCAUGAUUGGAGGCUCUGCCACCAAUACCGCUAUCUUCAUCUAUGACUCGACAGAUAACAAAGGCUGGGCCAUCUCAGAGGCGACCCUUCCCUCUGCAAUCCAAUUCUCAUCUCGAUGCGCGCUCGCCUCCGGCUCUGGUGGUAAAACCAAGGUCCUCGAGGAGUUUAACAUGGUCGCUUCCCCCAAUAGCGUCACUAGCUAUCUUCUCAGCUCGGAAGGAAAGGUGCAGAAUCCAGUUACAGCCAUUGCGCCCUCGGAAAAGAGGGAUAUCACCGAUUCUUACGGCGACAAAUUCGCCCCGACAGCAUCCUGGUCUGAUUAUACGCUUGCCCAUGGUAGUAAUGGCUUGGUCGUUCUCGCCAGCGGCCAAAGCAACAACUCCUUGGCAAUCUUUAAUCAAACUUCCAACGCAUGGGUCAACUCUACAGAGCUGUUCUAUGGAAAAGGAGACCAACAUAUUCUCAAAUCAUCAACCACAUCAAUCACCUCAACUACAUCAUUCACAUCAUCUACUCCCACAUCAACCUCAUCCACAUCCACAUCGACUUCGGCUUCAGCCACGCCCACUUCUUCAUCGUCACCAGUUGUGGCUGCAGGUAGCGGCCUGAGUGAUCACGGCAAAAUGAUUCUUGGCGCAACUCUUGGGAGUGUCUUAGGGCUUGGCUUGAUCCUGCUUAUCAUUCUUUUCCUGCUGCGACGUGAGAAGAAGAAGAGACAGGCAGGUAAACCCGGCGGCGGCGGCGAUAACAAAGACCGCCUAAGCUUCCAGGAUCAGGGUAUAGAACCCCUGACCGAAAGCGCUUACCCUAUGGCAAGAUCUCCUGUCCCACUCGCUGCUGCUUCGAACGAUUCAUUAGCUAUCAUGUCCGGGAACUACAGAGGAGAGAAAUCUCUCAGGCCACCUGGUGGUACAGGCUAUGGAUUGUCUCCUCAACCCAAGAGCAGCAGUCCGCUCUCUACAAUUCCCUCCAGCGGUAUCAUGGGCGCAUCAAGCGUGUACACUGAUGACAGCAAUCGGGCUGGCGAUGACCCCGGGCAUGAAAACCAGGCCGCUGACCGAUUGACCGACGAAGGAUGGGGAAAGUACUUCGAGGAUGGCAGUGCCACUAACUUCCAAUCUGACCGUUCGACCAUGAGUUCCGCAUACACCAAGUCCGAUUACCGUGGAAGCGCCUGGCCAAUGAGCACCUUGACACCUUUGAACUUCGGCUUCCUUGAACAACCCAAGCCACUCGGUCACGUUUUAAGCGGGAGCCCGACCACGGAACACGGCCCUUCUAACAUGAGCAGUCGAAGCCUGGUGAUCCCGGAGGGCCAAUCGGCACGAAUCUCCAGUGCAGAUUCAAUCAGUAUCGCCUCGGAUGACGACUGCGAUGAUCCGAAAUGGCAAGGUGCGGGCCAGAGCAGCUGGCUUGGACGUCCCACCAGCAGCAACUACACCACCAGUUUCUACCAAACGAGCACACAAGAUAUGCCCUGGGAAUCAUCGAAUGCAAGCUUCGCCGACAAGGCAAGGCAGUCCAAUGCACGAAGAUCCAGCGUUAUCAUACCACAUGACAUCGACGAACUUCCGAUGCAAGGACAGAAGAACGGUACCAGCACAGAUAUGAGCUGGCUCAAUCUCAAGGCUGAUCGUUAA